AUGGCCAGCAGACUGUCCUCUCUGUUUCCCACCCUGUUUCUCUCCCUCAUGCUUCCUGCACUGUUGCUCCUCCACCUGCCUGACACAGUGAAGGGUGAUUGCUGGCUGAUAGAGGGGGAUAAAGGUUACGUUUGGCUGGCUAUCUGCAGUCAGAAUCAGCCUCCAUAUGAGACCAUCCCUCAACACAUCAACAGCACGGUGCAUGACCUGAGGCUGAAUGAGAACAAACUUAAGGCUGUGCUCUUUACCUCCAUGUACCGCUUUACAAACCUCACCGACCUCAAUCUAACCAAGAAUGAAAUCAGCUACAUUGAGGAUGGUGCUUUUGCUGGACAGGCUAACCUACAGGUUCUUCAGCUGGGCUACAACAAACUAACCAACCUGACUGAAGGCAUGUUGAGAGGUCUGGGUCGAAUGCAGUGCCUCUUCUUGCAACACAAUCUAAUUGAGGUCAUUGCCACCAAUGCCUUCUGGGAGUGUCCCAACCUUAGCAGCCUGGACUUAUCUUCCAACAAGCUGGCCCGUCUUGACCCAUCUACUUUCACUGUUCUCAGCCGACUGAUGGUAUGCGAGCUAGCCGGAAACCCGUUCCACUGUGGCUGUGAGCUUUACAGUUUUCUCACUUGGCUGGAUGAGUUUAACAAUGUCACCCACACCUAUGACCGUCUCCAGUGUGAAACACCACCAGAAAUGACUGGCUAUUCGCUCGUGAGCCCGGGUUAUGGAACUGGAAGAAAUGCUCGCGUCAUUCUUUUAUCAAUGUGUCGGGAUGGUGUGAUAAUUCCAAGGAUGACCUCCCAGAUGCCAGAUCAAGAUGGCUCAGGGAUGGGUGUGGACAACUCAGAGCAAGGUCUGUACCACCAGCCAACCAUAACAUCCACUGCUGAUCCUAACUAUAGCCAUCAAAUUUCUAUGAAGCUUCAAACAGUCUCCCUGAACACUGCUUCCUUAAUAGUGAAGAUCCCACACCCCUACAGUAAGAUGUAUGUUCUCUCCCGGUACAACAACACUUCUUUUGAACAGGACAUUCCCCUCAAGUUGAACAAACCCACAAUAUCUUUGAUGGGGCUGAAACCACAGACCAACUACACCUGUUGUGUGGCUUCUGUGAGGAAAUCUCAAAAAUACAACCACACCUGUUUGUCUUUUACCACACGAGCUAUCGGGCCACAAGACCAGCGAACUAAUCCAUCCACAACAACCCACUACAUCAUGACCAUCCUAGGAUGUCUGUUUGGCAUGGUCAUUGUUCUUGGAUUUGUCUAUUACUGUCUCAGGCGGCGACGCAUCCAGGAAGAGAAGGAAAAAGCAAUUAGUGUGAAGAAAACAAUUUUGGAGAUGAGGUAUGGCCCAGAAGCAGCUGCAGCAGUAGCCAAUGACCCAAAUGCCAUGCAGCGUCUCCAGGAGCAGACUCACCACCAGCACCACCAUUCAGUGGGUGCUGCGGCCAAGCUGCCCCAGUCUGCGUCCUCUAGCACAGGCAUGCUUCAUGGUUCAGCCAACACCAGUUCUUCCCGCCUCUCCACCUUGCCACAGGUGGAAAAAAUGGCCACUGCUUUCUCUGAGGCUAUGGGUGGCAAGGGUAAUUACAUGGAUGUAAGGACAACAGGAGUGGUGGGGGAAGGCAGGGAGGCAGUGAUGGCAGCUGGAGGAGCAGGGGCCGGAGGGGAAGUAGUUGUGGAUAUGCGAGGUGGGGCUGAGAAUGGGACAGAGGCUGGGGAGGAUUCAGAUGAUGACGGUCGUGGCUCAGCAUCAGAGAUCUCCACCAUUGCCAAGGAGGUCGACAAGGUGAACCAGAUCAUCAACAACUGCAUCGAUGCCCUGAAGCUGGAUGCCUCAGCUAAUGCAGUGACCACAGCUGACAAUGCCAGUUCUGUGUCCUCCUCCCAGCCUCCUUGCAUAGCAUCACUCCCUCGCAACCUUCUGCCCCUCUCUCCAGGUCACCCUGGAGAUCAGAUCAUGGCCUCCUCUCCAAAGGUGCAUCCUAAGCCUCACCUUCAGCCUCAUCCUCAGCCUCAUCCUCAGCCACUUCCUCAGCCACAUCCUCAGCCACAUCCUCAGUCACAUCCUCAGCCUCAUCCACAGCUACACCAGCAGCCUCAUCCACCUUCAAUGGCCCCUGUACCCCUGGUCAUGCCCCUGUCUGAGCGGCCUGGCAUCAGUGGGGGUGGAUUUCUUUCCCCCCCUUACCGUGAUCCACCUCCAGCCAAUGCAGUGCGGCCCCUUCAGAGGCAAUUGAGCGCUGACACUGCUGUGGUGAAGAACCGCUGUGGUGCCCCUUCUGCAGGAUCUGCCAAGAACACAAGAGUGUUUAGUGUGGACAUCCCUGAGCAGCGAAGUGAUCCUCCCAAGUACCCAGGAGAAAAGGGCAGCCCUGUGGGUUGCGUUGGAGGGGGUGGAAGUGGUGGAGGUGGUGGAGUAGGGGGCUGCAAUGGAAAUGGGAUGGGAAACAUUAAUGGUGGUGGGAUGAGCUUAAAUGGGGGAGGAAUGGGAUGUAAUAAUGGGAAUGGAGGUGGGGCUGUAAGCUCUGGACAGCAGCAACAGCACUUGGAAGUUCAGCCAGACUAUCACAGCUCUGAGCACCGCCAUUCCUUUCCUGCACUCUACUAUGAGGGUGGCAACGAAUCGCCUUCACCAUCCCAAAAGGCUUCAUUCCUCAAGCCACUCGGGCGCACCAAGAGGGAUGCCACAGCCACCUAUUCCCAGCUCUCACCUUCUCGUCACCACAACUACAACUCUGGCUACUCCUCCAGUCCAGAGUACUCAUCUGAGAGCACACUGCGAAUCUGGGAGCGAUUCCGACCUUACAAGAAAAGCCCUAGAGAAGAAGCAUCCUAUAUAGCAGCAGGGCACGCUCUGCGUAAGAAGGUGCAGUUUGCUAAGGACGAGGACCUUCAUGAUAUUUUGGACUACUGGAAAGGUGUUUCCGCCCAGCAGAAGCUGUGA